AACCUCCCAAAAACUGGAUGAAUGGUAAGUCUUCCCAAACUCAUUUUGCCCUUCAAAUCUCUUUGUUCUCAACGCUGAUUUUGUUAUUUUAUGUACUAUCUGACAUGUAAUCCUCAAAAUUGUUACAAAAUGGAGAUGCAGAUCCGAAUGGUGAGCUUGUCAGUUCUUUCACCUUAUGCAAUUGUUAUCUUUCAACCAUUUUCAGAUAUUUAUGAAAUUCUGUUCAUCACAGGACCUAUGUAUCACAAUGGAAUUUAUCAUCUGUUCUAUCAAUACAAUCCUUAUAGUGCAACAUGGGGUAACAUAACGUGGGGCCAUUCAGUAUCAGAUGAUCUUGUCAAUUGGAUUCAUCUUGAACAUGCACUAGUGGGGACAGAACCUUAUGACAUCAAUGGUUGCUGUUCUGGUUCAACCACAUUCCUUACCCCGGAAAAACCAGUCAUUCUAUACACUGGAGGCAAUUACAAAAAUCGUCAGACUCAAAACUUGGCAUGGCCUAAGAACCUUUCUGAUCCAUUUCUAAGUGAAUGGGAGAAAGCUCCUCAGAAUCCUCUCAUGAACCCCAUUGAUGAUAUUGAUCCAAAGUAUUUUAGAGAUCCAACAACUGCUUGGAAAGGUCCUGAUGGGAAAUGGAGGGUUUUAGUGGGUAACCAGAUGAAUGAUCAUGGACAGGCACUUCUGUAUACAAGCACAGACUUUGUGAGAUGGACUAGGAGCAAGAAUCCUCUGCACUCAUCCAACAAAACUACAAUGUGGGACUGUCCUGAUUUUUAUCCUGUGAGUAUCAAUGGCAAGUAUGGAGUUGACAAAUCUUCACAGGAUAAAUUCACCAAACACAUCAUGAAGGCAAGCAUCAUUAAUACACAUGAUUACUACAUAUUAGGAAACUACUCGGUGAAAACAGAUCAUUUUUCACCUGCUACAGAUUUCAAAGGUGAUGCUUCUGAUUUGCGGUUGGUCUGGCCUUCAGUUCCUAGAAGUAUUCUGCUCAGCAAAAAUCACAGGCAAUUAAUUCAGUGGCCAAUCAAGGAAAUAGAGAAACUGCGGGGAGAAGAAGGCUGCAACGGGCAGCAAAUGAAAUGCAAAUGCAUCAGAAAUGAAAGCCGCAAAAUAGGCUGCAGAGUUGCCAAGGGGCUGCAGAGCUGCAAAGAGGCUGCAGAACUACCAAAGGACGCAAGCUGCAGCCAAAGUGGCUGUUAUCUAUUUCAAAUUUCAAAUGAGAGAUUGUUAAUGAGAAAAGUUGAGUUGAAGUCAUAUGCUUCUCUCCAUUUUAUGUGUUCUGCUCUUCAUCUUCUUCCUCUCGAUGUAAAAAUUUCAUUUGAUUUACCAAGUUUAAAAGAAGCUGAACUGAUGGGUCCGAGCUGGGCUGAUCCUCAACUGCUCUGUAGCCAAAAGGCAGCAUCUGUUAGAGGCAAAGUAGGGCCAUUUGGAUUAUUGGUCUUAGCUUCCAAGGGAUUGAAGGAGAAAACAGCAGUCUUCUUUCGGGUCUUUAGAAGCAGUCAUGACAAAUAUGUUGUGCUCAUGUGUAGCGAUCAGAGCAGGUCUUCUUUGAGAGAAGGGCUUGACAUAACCACAUAUGGCGCUUUCAUGGACAUAGACCCUAGCCAGGAGAAGAUUUCACUGAGAACUUUGAUUGAUCAUUCCAUCAUUGAGAGCUUUGGUGGGAAAGGAAGAAGUUGCAUUACUGCUAGGGUUUAUCCAAAGUUGGCCAUUGGUAAUGAAGCAGAGCUGUAUGCAUUCAGCAAUGGCACUCUGGAUGUCACCAUCUCAAGGCUCAAAGCUUGGAGCAUGAAAAAAGCUCAUCUUGUUUCUUCCAAUGACAUUAGAAGCCACCAAGUUUCUUUGAUGAGAAGCCAGCAAUUUAAUUUGAAGCAAAAGUAAACAAAUGCAAUCAUAGGAUUAUUUUGGUAAUGCAUAAAUAAUUAAAGGACUCUUCUUUUCCUACAUUACUUAAUAAAGGAGUUUCCUUUUG